AGAGCGAGAGCAGCAAUCCCAAUUUGCGACUCGGUAGACCUUUUCUAAGCUCGAACUGCGGCUGCGAAGAGCGCAGGUGGCAGCAUGAUAGCGGAGUCGGGCUCACGCUCGCCCGCAAGCGAAGGAGGGGCCUCGCGUGCGGCCUGCGAGUGAGUCGACCGCUGCUGCUGCUGCUGCUGCUGCGACGAAUUCCUCGCUCGGAUUUGAAAAUUCUGUGCAUAUCUUGAGCGGCCUGCGCAGGCUGCAGGGUCAUACUCUCCCCCCCUCGCCUCUCUUCCAUCACUUCUCCUGACAGACUGACAGACUCGGCCGCAUAGCCAGAGGAGGAGAGCUCCUCCGCUGGCCAUCUGCGGUCUCCCUCUCUCUCUCUCGGGAGAAGUCCAGUUUCCAACUUUCUUAAGUACGCCGAUAAAUCGUUUGUGGCAGGCCAUUGUGAUGCAUGAGAUCGUUGGAAAUUCUGUCAUUCCUCCAUCCAUUCGUGCGAUCGAGAAGCAGAAGAAGAACUCGUCCAAGGUUAAGAAAAUCCAGUUUAGUAGAUCUGUGAGUAGAAUUUAGACAAAACGUACUAAUAAUCAACGAGGCCAUCGGUCGGUCGGUCGGCUUCCUGCAGUGCUGGGAUUCAUAUUAGUAGGACUAUAAUACCAUACGGUUCCAGAGACCGAUCUACCGACUGAAUGAUUCGUCGACUGCUCGUCUUCGAAUUCCGAGGUUCACUGGCCAGGUCCACGGGCCUGAUCGAGUGCGUGUGAGCCAGCAUGGAGUCUCAGGGUGGUGAUGGCGGCGGCGGCGGCGGCCUCGCCCAGCAGCAGCAGCAACAACAACAUCAGGUAGAAGUAGUAGUGGCAGGAGGGAGUACUGAGAAGCGAAGAGAGCGCAAGAAGGGUGGAUCCGGGGGACUGGUAUUAGGAAUUGCUGCAGUUGUGGUCAUCGGGGUUGCUGGCAAAUUGCUCCAGAGGUUCAAUAGCAGACCCGAAGCUCCUCCAUCGCGCGCUAUCGUGGCCACAGCAGCACCCGCUUCAGACGCUGAGGAGUCGCUCGAUAAGGUGAUUGCUGGUGAGAAGCGAUCGAGUGACUUGCUGAAAAAGGCCGUCCCGCCCGUGGCCGAGGUCGACACGGACGAUCGUGGCUCGCCUCCGAUCCAGCCCCCCAGUUCGGUGCACGAGAAGUUCAUCGGCUGCGAGACUCCAGUUUUGGUUGAAUCCAAAGGCAGGUCGUUCGCUGGCAAUGCUGAGAUCUCUGACCAGGAUUCUUGCAGUGGGGACUCGAGCAGUAGUAGCAGUAAUAGCAGUAGUAGCAGCAGUAGUAGUGCUAGUAGUAGUAAGGCUGUGAUCCAGGUGAAGCUUCCUCUGGACAAAAUCGUUGCAGCUGAAGAGUUCGAAGGUCAGAUCAUUUCUCCCAAAUGUCAGAAGGGCGAAUCUGACCUGGCUGCUCAGACUGCUCUGGCAGAAUUGGUGCACCAGUCUGUUAGAUACGACGUGCCGUCCGACGGAAUUAUGAAAACAAAAAAUCUUCAAGAUGACAUUGCAGACGUGAUAUCACGAGCAUUCGGAGACUUCGGAUGUGGAGAAUUGGCCAAGCAGGAGCUGGCGCCCACGCAAGUGACGUUUCAAGUUGUGUGGGAGGAGAAGACAGAGGCAGAGGAUGCCGAUGUCGCCGAUACUGCUGAUUCUGAGAACCCAGUGCAUUGUGAUGCCCAAGAUAACUCUGAAGCUUUCACAUCCCAGUCGGAUUCAGGGUCAGAAUCAGAAUCAGAAUCAGCCAAUGCUAGAAAUGAUUUCCUGGAUGCCUGUGACACCGACCCAGCUCUCGCUGGAGAUGAGAUUGAGAUGGAAUUUCUCAACGCGGAGGCCCAGAUGGAGGAAAUCAGGAUAAAUCCUGAACUCUCCGAGCCAGAGUGUGAGAACUGGCCUCAAGCGACCACCUCAAACGAGCUCAUCAUCUCGGCUCCGCGAUCUCCUUCGACAGAGAUCGAGGCCCAGGCGCCAGAGGACGUCGCUGCCUCGGCGGUUUCCGAGGCACUAGCCAGUCUGUCGACCGUGCCACAUUCAGAAGAGGAUUUUGAGCCAGCAGAUCAUGAGUACUACUUCGCUCGUGAAGAUUCUUCGCCUGCUCUGGACGAAGCCCAAGAGGAUGCCGAAGAUGGUGUCGGGGAGUGCGAGGCACUCGAGGAAUCCCUCGAGGAAGCCGAAGGCAUCGUCAGGGAAGCAGAGAUCCCCGCGCGGGAGACUCUCCUAGACGAAGUCAGGCGUGUCGCCAUUGCCAGAGCGAAGAACCUGACCGUGGAGGUCAAUUCGGAGAGGCCAGAAGACGCAGAAGAAGGAGAGGGAGAAGAGGGAGCAGAGACCGAGUCGCCAACGGAAAGCUUGAAGCAAAUGGAGCCUGCAAUUCUGGAAAGGUUCGAGGAUUUGCUUUGUUCUUCGAAUGCUGGCACGACGUCCACACCUUCGAGCAGUGUCGACGCCGAGGAUGCAGAGACUGAGACGGACGGGGUGGACGAGGGAGAGGAAGUCAGAGUGGCAUCGACAUCAGACGAAGAACUCGUGGUGAAGAUCACGACACAGAUCUUUCCUGCUCGGGAGGAAGGAUGCUGUGAGAUCACGGCGGAAAUCGAAGAAGGAGCUGCAGAGGUCUCCGACCAAAGCAGCGCCGAAGCAGCUCCAGAGUCUGAUGACGAAGAAUCAGAAGAGGAGGAAUCUGAGGAUGACACCAUUGUGAAGAUGGAGUCGUCAGCGGUGCUCGCUUCGAGAAUCUACAGUCCUAAUAACGCCACCAGAGGCAUCAGCAGCGGCAGCAGCAGCAGCAGCAGAGGCAACCUCCGGACGAAGAGCGCAGUAAUGACGACCAUGGAAUUUUCCAGCCCGUCGUUAGCGACGCGCAACGGUGGAAAUUUCAAGCAGGAAAGCUCUCGAGACAGGUUCCCGUCAGAGAUUCUGAGAAUGGCAUUCCUCGUUGCCCUCAUAGCCGCCAUCGUCUUGAUGUUGCGCGAGCACAUGAAACCUCUCAAGCAUACUUCGUGAUUCGUAAGAAUCGCCAUGCUAGCGGGAGUGUUAAAGCUGUCUCCGAACUGUGUGUCAGACAGUCGUGCUGCUGGUGAUGGUGAUGGUGUGGGAUACAAGAACCCAACGGUAUCAGCUCGCAGGCAGGCAGGCAGGCAAGCAGGGCAGUCCAAGCCUUCCUUCCUUCCUUCCUUCGGCUCGAUCGAUGCACUCCUGCCACCAUUACACAGUUACAACGACGACGAUGACAACGACGAAUGUGCCUCAUUUUUGCCUCUUCAUGCUUGGUUGGGUACUCUGACUCUGCCAUGUAAACGACUUUAGUAUGCUUCUUCCACAUUUUGGUAAUUCUUUGGUUAGUCUAUAGAGAGAAGGCCAUCGAGCAAAAAAGAUUUGACACACAAAGUGAUCGAUCGAUCGCCAAAGAAGUAUCCAAGACGCACCGAGCUACGUGACGAUGGUUUUUCUUCUAAAACUUGUCGCGUAGAGGCGCAUCAACAAGUCGAUGUACAUAAUCCUCCCCGUUCCCAAUCAAUCAGCUAAAAUUGUUCCUUGGUGAAGGUGAACGUACGUGUACUACUAACCUUUCGACUGUAGACUGGUCUCGAUGACGAUGACGAUGGAUGGCCCCCGCUGUUAGCCUUAAGCGUCUGGCAUUCAGAAGUUUGUUUCCCGGUGAGCACAGCGCUUGCCAGACUAUAAAAUUAUAUAACAUCAAGCUCUUCCGUUCCAGUCAAAGGGAUUAUUGUCAAUUAUUGUCACAGCGUCUUCGUCGUACGUGUGAGCUCAAGAGUCGGCAGCAGUACUGCUCGCUCUCACAGUCCCGUCUCAGAGCUGUCAUAUGCCUCGCCUGCUUGCCUGCUGCAGCUCCUGCACUGCACCUCUGCUGUAGUUCUCUCCGCUGGCCGCCCAUCGUGCACGCGUCCAGCGAGCUCAGUGCAGUCGACAUUCAGUGUACCGCUACGAGGUUGUGCGAGUUCCGAUCCGCAUGCUCGUGUUUGAAUCGCCGUCGAGCUGACCUGUGCUGUUCAUGAAUGAAGUCCCCGAGAAGUGCCGAGCGGCUGACUUUCUCCCCAUUGAUGAUGGCUCGACGUACUGGAUCAGCUUCAUUCGGGCGCCGUUCGUCUCAGCCACUGGAUCGCUUACAUCACCUCCUGACUUCCGAUCG